AUGGGCAAGGUAGGCGACGUUGUUCGACGAGAUACCAGCAACAGAGAUACGUCCGUCCUUGGUCAAGUAGACAGAGUGCUCCUUGAUGAGUUUCUCGACUUGUUGUUGGUUGAUGCCGGUGAAGCAGAACAUUCCAAUUUGGUUGGUGAUGUGCUCCCAGUUGCGGGUGGAUCCCUCCUUGGCGAGCAAGUCCUUGAGUUGGGUUCUCAUGGUGAUGAUACGAUCAGCCAUCAACUUGACGUCUCCGAGCCAUUGUUUGUUGAGAGCUGGGUCCGAGAGGAUGCGAGAAGCAAUACGAGCUCCGUGGACUGGUGGGUUCGAGUAGAGUGGACGGAUGAGGAUCUUCACCUGGGAAGCGACACGAGCGGCUUCGUCGGCAUCAGAGAGUCCCAUGUUCUUGGCAAAGGAUUGGGAAAGGAUGAUGUUGUGUCCUUGCUCAAUGAAGUAUCGGACGGCGAAGGCAUCGUUGUCGACAUCUCCAGAAGCAAAUCCUUGGUAGGCCAUGUCGAAGAAGACGAACAAGUUACGCUUCUUAACAAUGUCGGAGAUCUUCUUCCAUUGCUCGCGAGAUGGAUCGACUCCAGUUGGGUUGUGAGCACAAGCGUGGAGCAAGAUGGUAGCACCUUCUGGAAUUUGAGCAAUGUCGGCAAGAGCUCCGGCCUCGUCGAAUCCACAGGUCGACUUGUCGUAGUAGCGGUACUGCUUGACAUCAACACCAGCAAACUUGAAGACUGGAACGUGGUUUCCCCAGGUUGGAGUUGGUUGAUAGAUGACUUUGCUCUUGGCGUACUUGGCCAAGAAUUCAGAUCCAAUUCUGAGAGCACCGGUUCCAGAGAUACUUUGGGUGGUGAAAAUUCUCUUGUUGUUGAUAACCUCCGAGUUCUCUCCAAGGGCGAGCUUAGCAGAGAGCUUGGUGAACUCUGGGAGACCUGUAGAGAGAAAAAGAUCAAUCAGAUCAUUAUUUUCAGUUUACUUACCAACAAUACCAGCAUACUCCUUGUCGAGAUUGGCAGCAAUCACUUGACGCUCGGCUUCCUUGACCGAUGGGAGAACGAAUGGCUUUCCUUGAUCGUCACGAUAAGCUCCGACUCCAAGAUUGAUCUUCUUUGGGUUCGAAUCCGCCUUGUAAGCCUCAGUGACUCCAAGAAUCGCAUCCGGUGGGCCCAUCUCGACGUGCGACCACCACGACUUUCCGCGGACAGCAGUGGAGAAAAGCUUCUUGGAAACGCUCAUUGUUGCUGGGAGAAAGAUUACCUGAAAGAAAAUAAAUAUUUGGAAAUAGAAAUUUAA